AUGAAAUCAGGAGAGUCCAUCACUAAUUUCUUCGCUAGAACUCUGGGAAUAGCAAGCAAGAUGAGAUCCAAUGGUGGCACCAUGGAAGAAGUCAAAGUUGUGGAGAAAAUUAUGAGAUCAUUGACUCCAAAAUUUGACUACAUUGUCUGUUCAAUUGAAGAGGCAAAGAAUGUUGCUGACCCUCAAGUUCUCGAGGAGGAAGAGGUGGACGUGGUAGAGGAAGAGGUGGUCGAGGUCAUCGAGGUGGGGGACGGUUUGGACAUAGAGAUGACAGCAAGCAAGGAUUGA